AUGAUUUCAGUUCGACCAAAACUAUUUGAUUAUAUCGAUGAAAAUAUUAUUGGAAAAGAUCUUGUUAUACGUGGACCAUGGGGACCUAGAAAAAUGAUAUAUGCUGAUUAUACAGCAUCUGGACGAUGUCUUAGAUUUUUUGAAAAAUAUAUGAUUGAACAUGUCAUGCCUUUCUAUGGUAAUACUCAUAGUGAGAACAGUGCAUGUUCUCUACAAACUACAAAAUUUCGUGAAAGUGCAAGAGCAAUCAUUAAAAAAUCUGUUAACGCCAAAGAUGAUGAUGUUGUCAUUUUUACAGGAUCUGGUUCAACAGGAGCAAUUAUUAAACUUGUUGGUAGUUUACAUCUUAAUCAGGAAGAAUCUCGUGCCAAAACUGUUGUAUUCUUCACGGCAUUUGAACAUCAUUCAAAUAUAUUGCCAUGGAAAGAAACAGGAGUUGAGAUGGUACGAAUUCCAACGAACACACAAAGUGUUCUUGAUAGAUCAAUCCUUAAAGAUAAAUUGGAAUAUUAUCAUAACAAAACAAAAAAACGUAUAAUCUGUACAUUUAAUGCAGCAAGCAAUGUAACUGGUAUUCGAACAGAAGUUGAUGCUAUUUCCUCUCUUGUUCAUAUCUACAAAGGUUUGGUUUUUUGGGAUUAUGCUUCAGCUGCUCCUUACCUGAAAAUUGAUAUGAAUGCUUCAAUUAAUGGAUAUAAAGAUGCCAUUUUUAUUUCCACACAUAAAUUUAUUGGCGGACCAGACACACCAGGUAAUGAGAUUUUAGCAAUUUUUAUUGAUCAACAAAAUUUUCUUGAUGAAGAAUUGUUACUUCGAAUGAAGAGAUUUUUUAAAAGUAUAUUGGUGGCUAAAAAGUUUCUUUUUGAUAAUCGUGUUCCAGAUGUUCCAAGUGGUGGAACGGUAAAUUUUGUAACUCGUGAGAGUGUAGAAUAUGUGGAUGAUAUUGAAACUCGUGAAGAAGGUGGAACACCUAAUAUUCUUGGUUCAAUUCGUGCAGGAUUAGUAUUUCAUUUAAAAGACUCGGUUGGUGCUGAUAAAAUUGAAGCACGUGAAAAUGAAUUAGUAAAAAGAUUUUUUAAACGUUUUCCAAAAAAUGAAAAAUUAAUGGUACUUGGUUCUUCAAAAGUUGAUCGUCUUGCAAUAUUUUCAUUUCUUAUUUAUGUUCCAAAUUUAAGCAAAUAUCUUCAUCAUAAUUUUAUUUGUUCGUUAUUAAAUGAUUUAUUUGGAAUUCAAGUACGGUCUGGAUGUGCUUGUGCUGGACCUUAUGUUUUAGAUCUGCUGAAUAUCGAUGAUGAGAAAGCACGACAAUAUACAAUGUUUAUAACUGAUGAUGCAUAUGAUCGAAUCGAUGCAGAUGAUGAGAAAGUGGAUAAAAUUCCAUUGAUAAAACCUGGUUUUACUCGUUUAAAUUUGCCUUAUUUUGCUAGCGAUAAAGAAAUUGAAUAUAUAUUAGAUGCUUUAGAAUUUGUCGCCAAUGAUGGAUGGAAAUUUCUCUUAAUGUACACCUAUGAUCAAAUGACUGGUGUAUGGCAUCCUCGUCAAGUCUAUUCUAGUGAUCAUUCACAACAAUAUCAGAGUCUUACAAAUAUAACAUAUGAAAAUGGUCAAAUGCAUGAAAAUGAUGAACAAAUUUCUGGAAAUGAUCACUCAAUGAAUAAUUUUCACAGUUCAAUGGCAAUGGCUUCUCCUCCAAAAGAUCCUCUUAAUGAAGCAAGAUCGAUUGCAGCUAAUAUUAUAACUUAUGCCCCUCGAUUCAUUGAUUAUAAUAAAGAUCCCGAAUUGCAUAUUUUAGAAAAGUACAAAGAUUUCAUUUGGUUUGUUUUACCAAAAGAUAUUGCCAUUAUGAUAUUAACAAAGAAACCAGAAUCAGAAGCUCCAGAUAUUCAUCACGUAUUACCCUUCAUUCCUCGACAUAGUGUCAGCAUAGUAAGUUAA